AUGUUUUAAAAUUAGUUUUAGAAUACACCGUUGUUUGAGAUAUUUGAUUCCAAAGGUAUUUCUAUAAACCAAUUAGAUGUACUAAAUAAAGCCAACAAGGAGAAAGAGAAGCAUUACUAACAGCUAUUAAAAAUUACAACAAAUAGUUUUGUUAAAGAUUUCGAUAAAUAAUUAAAGAGUAUUAACGAUUCUUAAAAACCAUAGACUAUAUUAUUGAAUUGCAAGGACAGAACACCAAAGUCCAUUUUCCAAAGGAAGGAGAUCUAGGAUUAGUCUAACAGUUUUUAUGUCUCUAAAUCUAUGUUCCAUAGACAUAAUAAUGGACAUUUGAGUUUUCAAUUACUGAUACCUCUAAAACUAAGCGCCAUGUUUAUUUAACAUAGAAUUGUAAAUAAAUUGAGAAAAAGCCAUUCCACAUAAGAUAUCCAAUAGAAGUACCAAAAAACAUUUGGCUAAACCUUUAAAUAGAUCUACAUUCAUUUAUUUAAGGUUGGAAAGGAAUGACAUUUAGAUCGCUAGAUUUAUUUGUCAUUUAAUCCCCUUGCAAAUUAAGAAAGAUUUUUACAAUGAAAUAGGCUGAUCAAGAUGGGUAUGCUCCUUUUCAUUAUUUUAGGUCCAUCAUGGGGAAACAUGGCUUUCCAAUUGGAUUUGAACACCAAAACCUAAUAAUUUAAUAUCAGGACAAUAAUUUGGAGACCUCCCAAGACAGUUGCCAAAUGAAGUAUUACAUGUUCUUUAUGAUUUAAGGAUUACUUCCAAAAAAGCAACUGGAUUUUCAUAACAAUCGCAAAGCCAGUAAAGUUAGAAAUAAUAAAAGUUAACUUAGGAGAAAAUAACCAGGGCUAAUAUUGUUUAUGAUGAUCAUCCUACACCCAAAAAAAAGACUUAAUAACCUUAAUAAUUGUCUUAAUAAUAAAAAUAAUUGAUCAUUACUUCAAGUUCUAAAUCAAAUCAACAAGACAUUUCUUAAAAUGAAUUUGACAUGAGUACUAAAUUGUCUGUUAGAAAUAAUAAAAUUAGCCAACAAGCUGACAGUGUCAGAAGGAAUGAUAAAUCGGUUCAAAAACAUAGGGAUUUAUCAAGUAAUAAAAAACAUUAGAGUAAUGCCAGAAUGGCACAUUCAUUUCCUCGUAAACCACCUUUGUAAGAAUAAUUGAAUUAAGAUUAUUACAUAAAAACACAAAAGUUUACUACCUUUAAUGAACAAAAGCAAAAAGAUGAUGAAAUAGAAGAAAACAUAGAAAUAGCAGUUGAAUAAAAGGCAGAGGAGAUUAUAGAGGAAAGUCAAAAAAAAAUUAUAACCGCAAAUAAUUUUAAUAAGAGAAGUUUGAGUGAACUUAAAGGGGAAUCUAAUAACCAAAGGGUAAUUAAUCUAUUAAAAGCUAGAAUGAUUAGUAAUUCGAAGAUAGCUUAGAAUAACCAUUUAAGAAUAGUGUCACUACAUUUGCAUAAGAAGGUUACUAUGCAAAUUAACUAAAAAAAUAUACAGAUUUAAAUCGACCAUUCACUCCAGAAUAUAACUCCGAUUUCAAAUUUGGACAAUCCAAUUAUUAAUAAUUCUGA